CAUUCAGUUAGCGAUCGCGUGUUGUUGAAAAUAAGAAGAAGUUAAUUUGUUUUUUUGUUUAUUGCCUGUUUUGCUUCAGUGGUAAUAAUCGAUGGCUGGGACUGCGCUGAAGAGACUCAUGGCUGAGUACAAACAGCUGACCCUGAAUCCACCAGAGGGCAUCGUUGCAGGUCCUGCUAACGAGGAGAACUUCUUUGAGUGGGAGGCGCUGAUCAUGGGGCCUCAGGACACCUGUUUUGAAGGCGGAGUAUUCCCAGCCGUCCUCAGCUUCCCAUCGGAUUAUCCUCUCAGUCCUCCAAAAAUGAGGUUCACCUGCGAGAUGUUUCACCCCAACAUCUAUCCAGAUGGGCGGGUCUGUAUCUCCAUCCUGCACGCUCCUGGCGAUGAUCCAAUGGGUUACGAAAGCAGUGCAGAGAGAUGGAGUCCAGUCCAGAGUGUGGAGAAGAUUCUGCUAUCUGUGGUUAGCAUGCUAGCAGAGCCAAAUGAUGAAAGUGGUGCUAACGUGGAUGCUUCCAAAAUGUGGCGUGAGGACAGAGAGCAGUUCUACAAACUGGCGCAGAAGAUCGUGCGUAAAUCUCUGGGCCUGUAGGCGUCCUCGCCGUCCCACCACACCAGCGCCGUCUGUGCUGCUUUUUAACUUCUCACGCUCCCAAACUGGUCAAAGGAGCCAUGAUGUUGGACUUGUGUUAAAUGAGGAGAUGCAGAAGCUGUGGGACCAGUGAUGCUGUUGCCUUAGAAACAGAGUGCAGCAGUAAACCUGUUUAGACUGUAAACCGGAUCAGUAUUCCUGUUUAUUGUCACUUCUUUACAGCUGCAUAGAGGCAGGCGUCAGAAAAAAAGUCCUAACUUGGGUGCUGUCGAGUUAAUACGCCAGUCCGUUCAUGAAUUUAUGCCUUUAAUUAAUGAUUCUUUUAAAUGAAAGCGGUUUAGUUUCUUGUCUGAUUUUAAUCCGUGGUUCUGCACAGACUUCAUGCUGGAGAAGUCUUCACAGUGCUUCUCAGACCAGGUCCAGGAAAUGAGCUGGAUCAGGCCCAGAUUUCAGGGUAUCGUCUAGCGGGUCUGAGAUCAGGGUUAGACUGGAUCGGGAUUAGAGAGUGAACAUUGGUGAGUGCAGGUUUUUGGAAGAUGGACUAAGCUGGAAGUGAGGAUGAGCCAACUCCAGACCAGAUCCUGUUCAUCUCCAGUUACUUUCAAACCAGGUCUCAAGUUAUACAAAAUAACAGACGGGCGUUUGGCUUCCCGUUGGAGCCGUGCAGCCCCCUUUCAGCUCGGGUCUAAACAAAGAUCUGGGCCUCGCGGUGACCUGCUGGUCGUAGUGUUUUACUCUGUUUGAUAAAUUUGUCAGAAUCGUUGCCGUCACCAUCUUUGUUUUCCCGCUGGACUCUUCCUGCUUCCUGUUUUUUGGGGAUUUGGAUUCAAUGGCUGAUUCUGGUUUAAAAUUAAUUUUGUUGAUGUUUUGUUUGGAUUCUCUCAUUAAUGAAUGUGAUUUAGAUGUUAAUGACCCCAAAAUGUGAAAGGCUCCUGUGUUUCCUGUUUGAUGUGUUUCUGGAAUCAGAGAAAACACAACAGCUUUAAUCCACAACAGAUUCGAUCUUUAUCAUCAGUCUUAUGAACAUUGUCAACAUUAUAUUUCAUUCUGAAUGUUAUUUAUUUUUGUGCACCGUGUUCAUGGUUUGAUUCAGGUCUGGGAGUCUGUGCUUGAACCACAUCCACAGUCUACACAGAAUCGCCUCAGGUCCUGGAUAGCAACCAUGGAGGCAGACAGUCGGUUUAGAAUAGAGCCUUUAUUGUCAUUGUACAUACACACAAUGAAAUGUGUCCUCUGCAUUUAACCGUCCUAAUUAGUUAGACUCAAUCCAACCACUAGGGGCAACGUGCAGCCAAAGUCCGGUGCCUGGAGGCCAACUCCAGAUGUAGAGACGCUGCCUUGGUCAGGGGCAGAGAAAGG